AUGACGACGGCUUCUUGUGUUUUUGAGGACCGUUUCCUCGUGAGAUCAAUUGAUAAUUCUAAAUUUGAACGUGUUUCAAGACUUAGUGCUAAAAGUACUGGUUUUGACGCCGAAUUACUACUCGAUUAUAAUUCUGACCUUCUUCAAGUUUAUAAUAAACAAGUAUUGCAUAUUUUAAUUACAAAUUCACUGCUCCCUAGCGGCUCCGACGUGAAUUUGAGUGAGUCAGUUGACAUUCCCAGCCUACUUGGCGACUAUGAGUACGCAAUGUACGGCAAAAUAUUCAAAUUCGAAGAAGUUUCUUCCGAAACUAGAACAAUAUAUGCAUCGUUCGGUGGACUAUUGAUGUCGUUAACAGCUGACAAACAGGUGGUAGCAGACCUUGAUUUGGACAUGAAAAUAUACCUUUUAGUUCGAAGAAUCUCAUCUAAUCGCUAA